AAGUCCCCGAUUUGUUAACGCUAAGUUUUCGUAUGUUAUUUUCGAAGUUAAAGUGGCAGGCCAAAUUCUUAACUCGAUUUGUUAGCAAAAAUAUGGCCUCUAAGCGGAAGCACCAUGAGGACAACAAGUUUGACACCUUUCGAAAAAUCUGUGAUGAAAUUGCCGGCGAGUCGAGUUAUCUUAAGAAGGCUGAGAUACUGCAGAGAUUCUUCGAAAAAGGAACCAGCGGCAAGGGUUUUGAGGGCGAUACCCUGCUUUGGGUGCAGUUUCUCAUCCCGGCGGCUAAUCAGCGGGUUUACAAUUUGCAAAACAAGGCACUGAUCAAGCUAUUCUCACGGGUUUUUAAUGCUAGUCAACAGCAAAUGCACCUCGACCUAGAGCAAGAUGGAGACGUUUCGGAGACGCUGCGCAAGCACUUUGCUGCCUCUAAGAAACUGAAGCCCCAGGCGCAGAGCAAACUUUAUCUUCAGGAGGUGGAACAGUUACUUGUAAAGCUUGUUGAGCGCACUAAAGAGGAUGAACAGACCGAACUUCUAAAAGAGCUGUGCUCGAAGGCCACCGACCUAGAUCUGCGUACAUUUAUCCGGCUAGUGAAGCACGACUUGCGGAUCAAUGCCCGGGCCAGUCAUAUUCUGGACGCCUUCGGCCCUGAGGCCUAUCCCGCUUAUCAGUCUUCGCGGGAUUUGGUGGCUAUUGUGGCGCAGUUCGCCGGCAAGGGAAAUAAAAAGGCUGCACUCAGUCCGGUAAAGAAGGCGAAACAAGCAAACACCAGUGGAAUUCAGGUGAUGACGCCUAUAUCACCUAUGUUGGCCAGUCCCUGCAAAUCGGUGGAUGAAGCCUUCAAGAAGAGUCCGGCUGGGUUGUAUAGUGAAAUCAAAUACGACGGAGAACGAGUUCAAAUCCACAAGCAGGGUAAUGACUUUAAAUUCUUUAGUCGAAAUCUAAAGCCCGUGGUGGAGCACAAGAUAAAGGCUCUAAAGGAGCACAUACCACGCGCUUUUCCGGGAGCAGGAGAAAUGAUUCUGGAUUCUGAGAUCAUUCUGGUGGACACUGACACGGGAGCUUUGCUGCCAUUUGGAUCGUUGGGCGCCCAUAAGAAGCAAACUUUUGCCAAUGCUGCGGUGUGCCUUUUCGUCUUUGACUGUAUACUGUACGAUGGAGAGGAUUUGACUCAGCUGCCGUUUCGCAAGCGACGAGAAAUCCUGGAGCAGAAUAUUCAACCUAUUAAAUCCCAUGUGCAACUUUCGGAAUCGGAAUUCCUUAAAACAAAAAGAGAACUGGCGAUGAUGACGGCUAAGGUGCUGCAUGCUAAUCUGGAGGGUGUGGUGCUAAAGAGUCCAACAAGCACCUAUCAGCCAGGCAAGCGAAACUGGUUAAAGGUUAAGAAGGAUUACCUUUUCGAUGGAAAGAUGGCAGAUACAGCUGAUCUAGUUGUUCUGGGUGCUUGGUAUGGAUCUGGAAAAAAAGGCGGAGUGCUCAGCAUUUUUCUUAUGGGUUGUUACGAUGCUAUGGGUCGUUUGUGGAAGACCGUGACCAAGGUUCAUUCCGGCCUGGAUGAUGCCACAAACGCGGAAGUGCACGACUCACUAAUUAAGUUAACCGAACGAGCUGAUGCCAAUGCUACGCCCGAAUGGCUGCUGUGCAGUAAGUCCUUGGUUCCGGAUGUUCUGGCCAAAGAUCCGCUAAAAAUGCCAGUAUGGGAGAUUACAGGCGCAGAGUUCACUAAGUCCGAAGCACAUACAGCGUCUGGCAUCUCGAUUCGAUUCCCCAGGAUUACCCGUCGGCGUAGCGACAAAUCUGCAAAGGAAGCAAACGAUCUUUCCCAUUUGGAAGAUCUGUUUGAUGCUUCAAAGAAGAAUGUGAACGUUGAUCUGCUCUUGGCCAAUUGUGGAAAGUUAGAUAAAGAUUUAAAUAUUGAAAAGACGCCAACAAAAGUGCUAAAACCAAGCAGCAGUCAAGCAAGUAACUCCAAGAAACUUAAAAGGUCGAAGACGGGUUCAGAUGAUGAAGACCCAGCUCCACCGGUGAGCAAACGGAAGGAAGCGAAAGCAGAAAAAAGGAUUCCGCCUUCCCAAAAGGGUAUUAGGGACUUUUUAAAGCCCAGUAAAGAGAUCCAAACUGUAGUUAAAAAAGAACCGAAGGAGGAGAGAAAAACUCCUGAUCCAAUUAGUUCAAAAAGCAAGUUAUUUGACGGUUUAAUUGCUCACUUUGCAAUGGGAAAAGAUCCAACCAAUUUAAAGGAACAAUUUUCGCAGCAGGGAGGAUUGUGUACCACGGAUACACGACAAGCUAAUCUGGUCUUUUAUAAUAUGGACGAGACAUUGGACCUCAAGAAGCUUAGAUCGCUCUACCCGCGGAACUGUCGGCACUUGAAUGUUAGCUGGCUCCAAACGUCUCUCGAAACCCAGAGUCGACAGCCUUUCCCACUGUAUGCCGUGAUGUUAAAAUCUUGAGAGGCCUGUCUAAAUUGUUUUUACUCAUAAAUACAUGCUUGAUUAAACAAAA